CCGAUUCAAACUUUACUAACUUCUCCACCUUAUUAGGGCCCUUCCCCUAGAAAGUGGAGAUAAGCUGGAGAAUUAGAAAGUUGUUUGAACUCCAUCAUUAGGUUUAUCGCUUCAGCUGCCCAAGUACAAACAAAAACAUUAUAAAAAAAUGGGAUUCUGCUACACAACCAUAGUAUUGGAUUCAAUAACAAACUACACAAUGGAAUUGUUCACAAUCGCCACAUUCUUAACGCUCUUCGUCGUUUACCGAAUUGUAAUUAGUCCCAACGUGUCUACGUCUCUAAAAACCAAGUUGGACAAUGGAGAAAAGUGUUGCAGCAAUGAAGAAAAUGAGGCAACGAACGUCAUCAAUAAAACAACAGAGGGUUCUUUCAAUUUCGUGUUCAACUCCGUUCAGACGAAGGAAAACAUGAAGUCUGGUUCCAACAGGACAAGAAAGAAAAAUCGUGUUAAGAAGAGUACUAAAAGAGCAACAAGAGAUACAAGAUGGCUAAACUAUCAGACAUUCAUCACCAAGCUAGACUUUGGUGAUAUUCGCUAUUCCGAUUCCUUCCCUUCACAAAUCUGCACUCACUGCAAAGUUAGUUGUUACUCUGCUUUCUCUGUCUCUGAUAAGGUGUGUUAUGAUGAUCUGACUUUAUGCCAAAGGUGUGCACUCUACAAUGGUGGCAACAAUUUGGACGAUAGAAUCAGCGAUUUACCAGAUGAGUUAUUGUGUUACAUACUCUCUUUUCUACCAAUGAAACUCGCUUUUACUACAACUGUUCUUUCAAAGCGGUGGACCCUACUCUGCUGUUCACUCUUGGUUCUCCGUUUAAAUGAUCAAACCUUCAAAGACUAUGAGGCCUUUUACCAGUUUUGUCGUUUUAUGGAUACUCUCAUGCUCUCUCCUCUUACUACCAGCCAACCCAUCAAGGCAUUUCUCCUCAACUGUUGUAUUAAACACCGCGCGCAAAAUAGUAAAUUUAAUGUAACAAAAUGGCUAGAAGUUGCAAAACGGCGUCGUGUUGAGGAAUUUCACCUCACGUUAUAUUACCACAACUUGAAGCCCAUUAUUUUCAUCUCCCAAACCCUUGUUGUUCUCAAACUUAAAAGGUUAAAUGUUGGAAAUGAUACUUUGUGUGUUGAUCUUCCAUCGCUGAAAACCCUUUAUUUGCAAUUAGUGUAUUUUAAAAAUCAGAAGGAUUACAUUAAUUUUCUUUCCGCUUGUCCUAUCCUUGAAGAUUUUCAUGCUAAAUCUAUCUAUAUACAUAGUGAGAUGAAUCAUGAUGAAUACGAUGCACCAAAAGGGUUGAAAUCCUUGACCUUGUCUAAAUUGAUUAGAGCGAGAAUCAGUUCAAUGGAUGUUCUAUUUAAUGGUAUUAAUAAUGUUGAAUUUCUACGUAUAACCACUGAAUCCAGAAAUCAAGAGGCUUCUUUCAAAGUCAUUCCAGUGUUUCCAAACUUAAUUCAUAUUGAUCUUGUGUUUUGUCAUCACUCAUUUCAUUGUUGGGAUGGUGUGGUAGAACUUCUCCGCUGUUGUUCCAAGCUUCAAAUUCUUUCUAUUAGAAAGUGGACGGAGACCAACUCAUCCAAGGAAUGGAAAUGCCCAGUUGCAGUUCUUGAGUGUAUUUCGUCUCACCUAAGAUCAUGUACUAUUUUAAACUUUGAAGGCUCGGCGGAUGAUCUUCGAUUUGCAAGAUAUAUUUUGCAUAAUGCAAGUCUUUUACAAGACAUGAGAAUCGAAGUUACUGCAAAUGGAAUACUUUUGGAAAAAAGUCGGAUCAUAAAAGAACUGUACUCCUAUCCAAGGAUAUCUACAACAUGUAAACUUUCAUUUGAAUUUAAAUAAUGUUACUAAAAUUAUCAAUGUUAUUCUAAUAUGCAACCACAUUGUUUGAUA